AAUAGGACUGAGGCCGAACGACAAUCGGCGCAUGCGCGGGGUUGCUAUUGUGUGAGUGCGGAGUAUUGGAGUGAAGAUGCGCAGGGUUAGUAGUCGUAUAAGUGGUGAUGAUGAUGUUGAGCCAGAGGAGCUGGAGACAGAAGGAGAGAGGCAAUUGCAAAACCUCUUGAAGCACCAGUUAGACACAAGCGUAACACUUGAAGAAUGCAUUGCUAAGAAAAAAUGCUUUGCCCCAAGUUCUUUGUACAAGCCAUUUGGGGAGCAGGCAGCAGGAGUGCUCAGUCUGUCACAGUUUCAGACUCUGCAAGAUGGAGAAGGGGAGGUUGCUGCCCUGAGAGAACUGGGACUUACUGACAGGGAGAUCCAACUCUGGCAAGAUAGGGAAUCUCUAGUUAAGUUCUCAGGGCUUGGAGCAGAUCCUGCUGCAGUGCAACAAAGACUCCGAGCCAUUGAAGAGAAAAUUGAGGAGCGGCAACAACUUAUGUCAUUGCCACAGAGAUUUGCUGGAAGCAAACAGCUGAACAGGAGAGAGAUGGAAAUUGAAAAAGCAAUGUUCCAGGGAACUGACCGUUUCACGUUUUUGAAAGCUCUGUAUUACCAAGAUGAAAAGUCUGUAAAAGACCAGAAUGACCCUAUUAAUCAAUUAGAAAUGAUGUUAUCAAAGUUUAAAAAUGACUCAGCCGGAAUGGGAGACACUCCAAAAACCAGACAAGAGUCAUCUUUGGAGAUGCUCGCUACAGCAACAAGUAAGGAGGGUACCUUUAAGGAAAUGACUGGUUUGUGUUUUCAAACACAAAGUCAGUUCAAUGCUGCUGAUCAUUAUGAAAAUCAGAACUCCAAAGGGCUUUCAGUGAAUAUUCCCAUUCGAACCCUACCCAGCUCUGGUACUCACGGUCCUCAGAAAAUCACCCAGCAAGUUGAAGCUGUUCCUAAAGAAGAAAUCUGGAAGAACAAGCUGUCUGAGGAGGAAAUUAAAAUGAUUCCAAGAUUUUCAAAUUAUAAUCCUGGACAACCAAGCAGGGUCCUAUACUUGAAGAAUCUUAAUCCAAAAGCUACUCUGGAGGACCUGUUUUCCUUAUUCGUUUCUUUCCAACAAAAAGAUGGUCCUCAGCUGAUUUUCCGAUUGUUGACAGGCCGAAUGAAGGGACAAGCAUUCAUCACCUUCCCAAAUGUGGAGAUGUCAACAGAAGCACUGAACACAGUGAAUGGCUACAAUCUGUUGGGCAAGCCAAUAAUAAUAGAGUAUGGACAGAACCGAUUGGACCACUGACUUGUAUUUGCAGAAGGAGGCUGAUGAAUGGAGUUUCAGCAUAACAGGCCUGAUGGUCCCAAGGAUCACAGGCAUAUUCGGAAGUCUUGACAUUUAAUUUAGUCCAACCAUAUACAGUUACAUUUUCAGGAUACAUUUUCAACUCUGAACCAAGAAUCGUUACAUUAAUGUGUCGAAACAACCUCAUCUGUAUAAUGUGUACAAUCACGUUUUUUUUUAAAAACAUUUUUGUGCUUUCUGGUAUUAAAUGCACCAAAUUAUGUAAUAUACUGAACUAUAUCGAAUGAGGAAAUUCACAGGUUUAUUCCCUAAUAUUCAGCCUUGUGUGUGGAGGUUGCAUCUAGAGUACUGCAACUAAUAACAUCAUUAUUUUUCUGGCAAUGAAAGAAUAAUAAUCUUGCGUUUCGGACUCCUUAUCCAUUACUCUUUGCCUCCUGUACUGAAGCAUUUCAGUUAAGGAUCACCAUUACUGAAAAGUAUAGCAACAGUGACUUUCUAGGCUCAUAAAUGACAAAUGGCAUCAAUGCAAGGUAUCAGUAGCUGUUUAUAGUCAAAACCAGACAUUGUUUCAAGGAGGGGAAUAAAAUGAGCAGUUUUUGUUUAAGAAAGGAUACGUCCCUAUUUUAACGCCCUUAGUUCACAUAAUAAACUGUAGUUUGUGUA